AUUAGCUCCCGAUGCACUGGGGGGGCUCUUCCGAGCCAUUUGUGUUCAAGGAAACCAUCUGUUCAGCCCUGUCAGCUUCCGCACCUGAUUUACUGCCCCGGCCCCGCGGUGCCCCGGCCCCGGGGUCGGCCCCUCCUUUGUUCUCAGCCGCCCUCGCUGGGUGAUCAAUUAGAGCGUGAUGAGGCUCGUUCUGCCCAGGGGUCUCUUAAGCCCCAUGGGGUCACGAUGCCAGCGGUGACCUCGACUUGUACCUACCGUAAGCUCCCCCUUGCCCUCCCCAAGCCAGUUUGUUGCUGGUCAGACGAGGCCUGGUUUGGAUGGGACACCCUACCCCGGUUUGGGGCUUUCCAGGAAGAGCCAGAGCACAGCUCUCCAGUCCUGCUAGAUCCUAGAUGGCCGGAGGGGGCUGAUUCACAUGGACGUAGCACGUGGAGGCCUCCACGAGCCAUGCACAGACCAUCCUGCCCCCACAGAAGCAAAGGGGCAGGGAUGGACACAGGAGCUGACCCUCCGGCCCCUCCAUCCCAUGCCGCACCCAGGCUGCCUUUUUAGGGGGAUCUGGCACGGACGGGCCCCAAGAAGUCUAAACCCCUAUGCCGCCUCCCUCCGCAAGGCCUGGAAAGGGGAAGCCGUGAGGGUCCUUCAGCCCGUGGGCAGCCACCUCCCUCCGUGGCCCUGUUGGGCUUUGUUUGGCAGCCGCUGGGCUCCUAAAGAUAAGGCGGCAACCCUGCUAUUUUUUCCUGUCACGGCUGCUCCGGGGCUGUCGGCUGCAGCCCAGGCGGGCUGCAGGAUGCACCGCGCUUCCCUCUUCCUGCCCCGGCGGGUUGCACCUCAGGCCUGUCUAGAAAGUGGCUCCUUCCUCACCUCCCCGCUGCCCCAAGCCCCCUCCCAGGCGCCUGCUCUUCCUGAGGCCGCGCCUGGCCCUCCUCAGCUGUGGUUUCGUGCCAGAGCUUCACGGGGUGGAGAAGGAGCUGUAGCAACGGGGUCUUUCUUCAGUGCCCCUGGUAGCCCAGGCACGAGGACUUCCCUGGAAGCUGGCUGGCAAAAUCCGUGCUUUUCUAGCAAGUGGCGACUGGGACGUGCUUCAGAAGAGCCAGGCUUGGCGGGACGGGGAAGUGGGGGCAGCUGUGAGCCGUGACCCCGCUCUUAAUUCAGAACAGGCAGGGUCUGCGUGUGGGCGCCCAGCUCGGGCCGUCGCGUGGAGCCGUGGCAGGGCAGGCGGGGGCCCGUGGGUGCAGACAACCCCGGGAGUACUGGCAAGGGGCACGAGCAUCUCCCCUGCAAGCCGGAAACCUCCUGGCUCUCCUGGGAGGCAGUUACCCUCUUUCCUUGCGUAUGAUGUGCCCCCGCAGAAGGCACGCACCUUGCUUUUGAAAGGCAGAAUGAAGAAAAGCAGAUCUUGCCUUGGAAAUACUGGCCAGCAGCAGGAAGGGACUGAGCGGCAGCUUCAGCAGCGUGCCCGUGGGGAGAGACAGUGGAGCUAGGGAGCCACAGCUCCCCGGCAAAAACAGAGGUGAGGAGCUGAGCUGUCGGGACUCAGGCUCCAUGCCCCGAGAGGACCUUGCCACCUGCAGGCAGGGGUGGAGAUCUGGUUAAGGGGCUCUGCCAGCCCGUGGACACGGGUGCCAGCGUGCUUCCCUGCCCUGGCUGGACUCGAAGACUGCUUGGAUCCAGCUGGUGGACAACUAGCCGUGCCGGCACCUUGUGAGGAAGGCAGUGGGACUUACGGUGGGCUCUGGGCUCCUGCCAUGGUGCCCUGAGCCUGCCCUGCUGCCAGCUGCCCCUUGUCAGGGCACGUGUCCCCAAGAGCCAAGGGGGCCGGUGCCAUGAGGCCGGUAUCGCCAGCCAGCGGGUUCUCCCCGCUGGGGCUGCUGACGCGGGGGCCGGAGUACCUUCGCCGGCAGGUGGAAGGGGACCGGGGCGCCCGCUCUCCCAGCGCUGUGGAGAGGCUGGAGGCCGACAAAGCCAAGUACGUCAAAACCCAGCAGGUCAUCGAGAGCCGGCAGGAGCCCGUGCUGUGCAGCAGUACCCCCUGGCCAUCCCCUCGCCCCCGGCGCCUCCUCAUCUCGCACCAGUGCAACGAGCUGAGCGUGGAGCUGAGCUGGGACAGCCCCCACCGCCCAGCACCCCCGCAGUCCCCCGUGGCACGGCGUGGCGGCAGCAAGCGUGGGCUGAGGCCCGACUCGCUCGUCAUCUACCGGCAGAAGCGAGACUGCACGGCGGGGAACAAGGAGAACGCCAAGGGCUAUGGCCUGGUGCGGUGGCUGCUCCAGGGGCCCCUGAGGGACAAGUCCCCCACGUCCCCCUCCUCUGGAGGCCUGAAAGAGGAGCCUCUGACCCCGGAGAGAGAAGAGAUAGCCAUGGCCUGGGUGCCCCUGGAGAAGGAGGUGGCUGCAGGGCAGAGCCCAGGAGGCAGCCUCUUUGCUCCUGGCACCAGCCCCAUGGAGCAGGCAUCACCCAGCGCCCAGAGACACCCGUGCAGCUCCAGCCCCAUGGAGCCAGCUUCAGCCCGUGCCCAGAGACCCCUGCCCAGCCCUGGCCUGGGACAGCCCCUGCCGGGGGCCAAGCCAGCGCUGGCCCUGCGCUGCUCCCUCCCACUCUCGGAAAAGGAGCGGUUCUUCAACUACUGCGGCUUGGACCGGGACCUGGUGGAGGGCCUGGGGGCAGAGCGCUUCGGGCCGGCGGGCUGGGACAUGGCCUCCUCCCUGCACCCGGGCAGCCGGGGCUCAGCCGGCUCGGGGUCCCAGGGCGCCCCGUCCCAGGGCAGCGGGGACGAGCCUGGCACACGGCUCUGCUCCGCCGUCUCCAUCGUGGAGCGCAACGCCCGGGUGAUCAAGUGGCUCUACGGCUGCCAGAGGGCCUGGGCGGCCGGCCGGGAGUCCACCGUGUGAGCGCGGAGAUGGGCCAGGGCCCCGGCUGGGUCUGUGCCCAGGACAUUGGGCUGUGGACUUGUGGCAGGAUGGACUUAGGGAGGGGAGAUGUGAGCUGGUUCCUCCCUGCUGCCCUCCCCGGCACCGUGGGGUGUAGCGUCCCUGGCAGGGGCGACCCGCUGGCCCACAUUGGGUUAUAGAGGCGAGAUGGGACCCAGGCGUCUCCGUGGCUGGUCCCAGACGAAACCCCCUAGUUUCCCCUGGCUGCCGCAGGCUGAGGUGCAGCCCUUGGACCUUCCCUGGAGCUGGGCUCUGCCCGGGCCCGGGGCUGGCAGGAGUUGGGGCCUCAUCCGUGGGUUCAGCGGGCACGAUGCUGCCCCUUGAGAGCUGGCUCUGUCAGCUGCCACCUCCCUCCCAGGCUUUUCUCUGUGUUUUCUGGAUCAGGAAUAAAACCAGAUGCACCUGGA